AUGGCCGAGUACGGAAGGAUGGACCCCUUCUCCUUUGCGGGAUCCAAGGACGUCGACCACCCCGUCAGCAUCCGCAUAAUGAACCUUGAGGGCGACGAGCCGCCUGUCAAAUACUCCACGCUGCUCGACUCGCCCGACCUCCGGCACAUUGGCUCCAACACCAGCCCCUUCUCCGACCUCUACGUCACCGUGCAAGUCUGGGCUGGCUCCAAGCCGCUCACCGUGCCUGUCCAGACAGCCUACAAGUCGUUCCGAUCAGAAAGAAAAUGGAACGAGUGGCUCGAACUGCCAAUCACCUACAAGCAGCUUCCUGUAAACGCCCGUCUCGCCAUCACUGUCUGGGAUCUGUCCCCAACGGGCGGCAAGCUUGCCCUCGACCAUGCUAUUCCCUUUGGAGGCACCACCUUGUCCAUGUUCGACGGCGACAACCAGGUGCAAAAAGGGCGUCAAAAGUGCCUUAUGCCAAAUUCGAAGGCCAGCAACGUCGCCGCUCUCGACAAAAACGCAGAGGAGCUGGACAGGAUGGAGAAGCUCUUCAAGAAGCAUGAGAUGGGCGAAAUCCCCCGUGUAGACUGGCUCGAUCAGAUGAUGCUCCAGCGCCAGCGUGCCGUCAAUGGCAACGACGCUGACGGCCAUGGUGACGACGAAGCCGCUGGUGAUGAACACUCGCCACUGUCGGCAUUUCUUCUUAAUGUCGAACUGUCUCGAUUCGACUUCCCCGUCGUCUUUGCAGACCACGAGUAUGGGCCACCGCCCGUGUCAGCCUUGCAGUCCCUCUCAGCGUCCCAGGGCAACCUCUCCCAGCGCCAGCCCCAGGUCCAUUUCGGCCCGGGCAUCAACGCCUUGGGCGAGAGCUCCGAUGGCCUUGGUGCCAGGCUCAUCAAAGUGUACGACCCCGAGGUCGGCCAAAGGGACAGCCCUGCCGAAGCCAAGCAUAGACGACUCUUUCGGAGCUCUCACCGACAUGGCAUUCUGGACAAGGACCUGAAGCCCAACGCCAAGGUUCGCGACGAGCUCAACAUGAUCAUGUCGUACUCGCCUACCCACGUCUUGUCUCCGGAAGAAACGGAUCUGGUGUGGAAGUUCAGGUACCACCUGACUCGCGACAAGAGGGCUUUGACCAAGUUUGUCAAGUCUGUCAACUGGGGUGACCAGAGCGAAUCGAAACAGGCGAUACAAGUCCUCGGCCGAUGGACCGAGAUUGACGUGGACGAUGCCCUGGAGCUGCUUGGGCCUUCCUUUGACAACUCGGCUCUAGUGCAGGCCCUCAAGUACGAGCACAUAUCCGCCGAAUCGGACAAUGAAAGCGCGCACGACUCGUCGCUCGCUCGCUUCUUGAUCCAACGCGCAGCCGCCAACUUCAUGCUCGGAAAUUACCUGUACUGGUAUCUCAUGGUCGAGUGCGACGACCACAGCCCGGAACAAGGCCUCGACAACCGCAACAUCUAUCGCAAAGUCGCUUACGAGUUCAUGACGCAGCUGGUCAAGCAGCCAGGCGGGGUCGAGGACAGAAAAACGCUUCUACGACAAGCCGAACUCGUCGCCAUCUUGUCCAAGAUCGCGGGCGAGGUCAAGGUAUCCAGUGAAUCAAUAGCCAAGAAGAUGGAGCGCGUCAAGAGUUUCCUCGCCGACCCCAAAAAUGAGCUCGUGGCCAUCAACCCGCCGCUUUCGAUGCCCUUGGACCCGUCGAUCAAGAUCACCGGCAUUGCACCCGACCAAGUGACAGUUUUCAAGUCGUCGCUGAACCCCAUCAAGUGCACCUUCAAGACGACAACGGGGACUGCUUAUCCCAUCAUCUUCAAGCUGGGCGAUGACCUGAGACAGGAUCAGCUUGUGAUUCAGAUCAUCACCCUUAUGGACCAGCUACUGCAAAAGGAGAACCUGGACUUGAAGCUGUCGCCGUACAAGAUCUUGGCGACGAGCACAACGGCGGGUGCAUCUCAGUUUGUUCAGUCGCAAAGCUUGUCGAGCAUUGUUGGCAAGUUCAAGGCCAACCCGGCGCUGGCGUACCUCCGCCACCACAACCCCGACGACCGACAGCCACUCGGGGUUCGCCAGGAGACUCUGGACACGUACGUCAGAUCAUGUGCGGGCUACUGCGUCAUCACUUACAUUCUCGGCGUCGGCGACCGACACUUGGACAACCUCCUCCUGGCUCCCGACGGCCACUUCUUCCACGCCGACUUUGGCUUUAUCCUCGGCCGCGACCCCAAGCCAUUUGCGCCGCUUAUGAAGCUCUCCAAAGAGAUGGUCGAGUGCAUGGGUGGCGUCAACUCAGAGCACUACCAGAAAUUCAAACAGUACUGCUUCCUCGCAUACACGGCGCUGCGCAAGUCAUCCAAUCUGAUCCUCAACCUCUUCAGCCUCAUGGUCCAUGCCAACAUCCCCGACAUUCGUCUGGAGCCUGACAAGGCAGUCAUGAAAGUCCGAGAAAGGUUUCACCUCGAGCUCACCGAGGAGGAGGCGAUUGUGUACUUUGGCAACGUCAUUGAGGGGACGCUGACUGCGUUUGCUCCGGUGGUGAUCGAUAAGCUGCACGAAUGGGCGCAAGCUUUGAGGGCGUGA